AUGCAACCCUACAAAGGAUCCGAUUUCCUGGAAGCCGGGACUCUGUCCCGCUCUCGCAGCACCUCCCUCUCCAGCGACUCGCACGCUCGAGUCAACCUCAUGUCUCCCCCGUCGGCGCGCCCAUCACCUGCCUUCAUUUCCCCGUCGGCCGCCUCCGAGAUCAUCACCUCCGACCAAGAAUUUAAUGCCGCCGAUUUUGUCCCUGAAGAUGAGGAAACCGGCGCCGGCGCCGAUGCGCUCGUCACGCCUGCCGCGCUCUCGCUAUUAAACGGAUUUCUCGACAACCUCUUGUUCAAUGUCCUGGCCGCCUCCAAGUCCACCCAGCUCUCCUGUAUCCGUCCCGCGGUGUCGGAGGUGCUGAAGCCGCGUCUUGCGUCGGAGGUUGUGGCUACCGCAGAUGAGGAGUUGAGCGAAUAUAUGGGAGGAGCCGAGGACGAACAGAAUGAGUUCCGUGGUGGUCAGGAGCCCCGCGGCGACUUCGAUCUGGUGCGCUCAUGGAAACUGACGCGCCUCCGUUGUAUGGUAUACACUCGUUUGGGCGAUCUGGAGGAAGAGGACGAAGACGAAUUUAUUGCCCAGGAACGCCUCGGAGAAAGCGACGGUGCACCCCGCAGAUUCUCCAGCCAUGUUGACAACGUGACUCCUGCUGCAGCUAUUUUCCUGACUUCAAUCAUCGAGCAUAUUGGCGAACGAGCGCUAGUGAUUGCGGGCGAGACCGCUCGGUCUCGAUUGUCGGCGAAGUUGAACGACGGCGCCAGCGAAUCGAUCGACCCAGAGGAGGAACGCAAGCGAAUUGACCGGUUGGUGGUGGAGGAUCUCGACAUGGAGAAGCUGGCCUUGAACGCGACCCUUGGUCGGCUGUGGCGCACAUGGCGAAAGCGCAGACGCAACUCGACCAUCUCACGAACCGUUUCGCGCGAAUCUUUCCGGCGCCGGGGCUACUCGACUCUGGCCGUCAGCCGCAAGAGCAGCGUUGCGACCAUCGAAGAACCUGUGACGCUGAAGGAGGCGCCUCCUGAAGAAGUCCCCGCGCCUGUGGACCCCGCCGAAAUCCCCCUUCCGAUGGGAGAUUACGAUGUUCAGGAAAUAGAGGUGCCAGGUUUCUCGCAUGAACUGGAAGGCGAGGUGCAGACGAUGCAGGCCGUUGUCGCGCACAAAGUACGACCACGCAGCUUGAUGGUGUUCACAUCCCCCGCGAUUGCGCCCAAGUCGCCCGGAGCGAGGGAUUCGCCCGUGAGUGCGUCUGCCAUUGACGACCCUAAGGCGUUGAGCCGUCAUGCCCGCUCCAGGUCGUUGCCGAAUGCGGCGGCGGGUCCACCACGCGAGGUCAAGACCUCCGAGGAACCUGCAGUCGAAAAUGCGCCUUCCCCUAGUUCGUCGGAGAAAAGCAAGCAGCUCGAGACCAUGUACGAGGAUGACGAAUCUGCCGAGUUUGUGGACGCCGCAGAGUCCGCCCCUGGCAUUGCGAUCACCACGCCCAUUGAAGAAGCACAGGACCCACUAGCUGCAGCGGAGAAUUCGGAUGAUUCGAGAAUGUCUGUCGUGCAGGAAGAAGAGGAAGACCAGGCUCCGCCCGUGAACGAAACCAUUGCCUCCCUGCGCUCUAGCGCCGACGACGACGAAGGGGUGACCGAUCAAUCCAACAGGAGUGCCCGGGUCUCCGUCUCGUCUCUGGACGACCAGCCAACCAAUGACCCAGAGGUCAUCGAAGGACGGGGGAUGUGCGAGAAGCCCAAGCCAACGGCGGCGAUCCAACGCCCAAGGAGGAAGCCCAGCAGGGACGCCACUGCUCAGAUCAAUGCAACGGCGAUCGAUGCAGAGACUAGCGAAGCCGGCGUGCAGCCUCUUGCGGAGAAACCGCCAACAACGCAAGGGGUGAAAACCACAGCCGCACCAUCCGCCACCACGAUCGAGGCUGUCAACUCUUCCAAUGACGAUGUUGCGGUAGACGACGAUCAGCAUAAAUCGGUUAUGGCAGCCACGAAUCCCAGCGUUCCGGCGCAAGAAGAGGAUGGUGCGGCUGUCGAAAAAUCUCCGUCUCCGCAGGCCUUCCCAGCACUAGAGUCCGAGACCUCGCGCCCAACUUCGGCGUCCGGCGACAGUGAACGCUCCCAGAAGACUCGCACCCGCCACAGACCCAGUCCGCUCGUGGUUACGGCUAGCAACCGCAAUUCUCCUACAGCGACCGAGCGUGAGCGUGCAGCUGUCCAGCGCAUGCCUCCACGCCCGUCGACUUCAGUUCCUUCAGCGAUCCAACCAACCAAGUCCCGCCGUUCAGAAAGCUUCAGCAGUUCGCGUGACAAGCGUCCGGUCACGGCGGGCUCCACCACCUCUCAGGUGUCGAGCAAGAUUACUCGACUGAUGGGUCGUCAGGGUGACUCUCCAUCGCUUCGUCUGCGUAGUUCGUCCGAGACGAGCCGUGCAUCAGGGAGCGCGGACUCCGAUGGUAACGAUACCACCGACCUGGACAGGUUGAUCAACAGUGACGAGACCAUUCACUACACUCUCACACCGAAGAGCGUGAGAGAAAUGACUUUCCCCGAGCCACCUCGUCCAAUCCCGAGGUCGGACACCGCUGAUACCUCUGAUCUGGCUGACUUCUUGAAGAACACGGCCCCUCCAGGAGAAGAGGCUCGUCCGCAAACUUCUGUUUCGACCAAGGCAAACGCAAACGCAGAGACUACGUCCAUCGGACGCACCAAGUCUGCCGAAUCUCCCAAAUACAUCCCUAUCUCCUCUCGCAUGCCACCCCAGCCCAAGUCCACGGGCAACGCUCGAGAUGCUCGUCCCGCUCGUGAUUCUACUCGGGAAAUUGCCGAGUUUAUCAAGUCCACGGGACCUGCCACUCCCACCAGCAGCCCGACUCCUACCAAUGGGACAAGGCCUUCCCGGCCACAAUCUACCUUCUCUACCAGUACCAACAACACCAACAGCACAUACAACACCAACAACACCAACCGGAGCAACAAGACCAAUAACUCUCAUUCAAGUCGCCGCGGCCCACGCCUUCAGGCACGUACUGCCGAGGCGACCAAGCGUUCUCCCACGUCAGAACUGAUCGAUUUCAUUCGCGAGGGUCCUCCGCAGCAAGGUUCUCACCGUAUUCCUCGGACUGUGGCGCCCUUCCGCAACACUAUUGAUUCGGAAGAUUUGAAGUAUGACUCCUUUCAAAGUGAAAGGGAUACGGCUACUCAAGGCUCCACGACCAGUUCUGCGCCGAACAAGUCCUUGACUUCUCUCGGUUCGCGGACUGGACUGCUGGACUCGGCCAACCGCGCCAACGUCCAGGCCAGGGCUGCGUCGCCAGCCAAGCCUGCAACGCAAGAUGACCCGAUGCCAGCUCGCAAGCAGCGUCGUGUUCCGGAUCCCUAUGCAAUCGAUGACGAUGACGAUGAUGAUAUGCUCGCGGAGCUCAUCAACGAAAAGCCGCCUCCGCGCCAGGAAGAGAGUCUGAUGGAUUUCCUCCGCAACGCACCCCCUCCUCCAGAAAGUGAAGAGACACCCCAGCCGUUCAGCUUGAGCAGUCCGUCCGUUCCUUCGAGUUCCAACGGCUCCACCGGCGGCCUUAAAUCUCGUUUUCUGCGUGCCGGCGACAAGGGUCCUUCCUCGAAGAUAUCGAUGGGCUCUUUGCGCUCGCAGAGCAGCCUGGGCAACAACCAGGCUAAUUAUUCUCAGAAGAUCGGCCUGGAACGGAACCCUGGUUCCAUGCCCUCUACCUCGCACAAACAAAGUGAGACGAGUGCCCUGGCAGAUUUCUUGCGGAACACCGGACCUCCGGAACCACCAGCUGGCAGGAAUGCGAAGAAGGAUAACACCUUCUCACGCUUGUUUGUCCGCCGUAAGAAGGUCGAGGUUUAG